AUGAUAGGAAUCAUUCGCGAUUCAUUUCAGAUUAUCAAUAACGAUCGAAGAGCGUUCGAGCAGGAAAUGCUUUCUCAAAAGCGAGUGACUGAGGUCAUCACGGAUAAGCACAAUGAAGGAAGGGAUCCCCAGAGUGUUCCGAUUCCGAAAUCAAUUCCGAAUAAUGAGCCUGAAAAGGGUGAGUAUUUUGUGCAUUUCAUUUUAAGUGAAUUCAAGUCUCUUCAGAUUUCUCGCAUGUGUGUGAAGUUUCCUUUUAAACCCUUAUCUCUCUCAGAAUUUGAGCAUUGGUGCUUCCAUUGUGUGUCGCCCCUCAAGCAUAUGUCCAGUGAUAUGAGGAAAACGAUUCGUCAGUUCUUGCGUUUACGGAGAACUUCUUAUCCUCAAGUGGCGACCGAUGAAUGCACCAACGCGAAAAAUUUUUCUCGACUACACAAGCAGACGUGUCGGCAUCCUUACUGCACUACGAUUUCCCUCGUCGACCACAAUCAAGGUAAUAGUGUUCGACGAGAAAACAUGUCGGCACUGUUGUUAUUUGACUCAUGA